UCUUCUAGUGAAGAAGUAUUUGAUGAAGGGAGUUCAGGAACUUUUGGUACCCAAAUAACGAUAGAAGAUAUUGCUUCAAAAUCAUCACAAAGAUAA